GUAAGACACUAGCAAGCCAUGGCUGCCUUGUCAGCCUCAAAAAAAGCUGUCAUAAACGGUGUGCUUGCAGGCGUGCGCAGCGCCAGCAGUCGUCCGCGACAGCAUUCGUUCGCUGCAAGCUUGGCGAGACAAAUAACUGCGUUUUGCGCCUGUGCGGCACCCCUCACAACAAUGCACACUCAUCUCAUCAUCAUUGCAUCGAUCGCACCCGUCAUCAACGCACUGCAAACGCCACCUCGCAAGAAAGUAGUAGUCGUCGGUGCCGGCUGGGCAGGACUCUCGACCGCCUGGACGCUGAGCAAAAACAACGUCGACGUUACCCUCGUCGACGCGGCCGCGCGGCCGGGUGGAGUGGUAAGAGACGGUUUCAAAACGCGGGGCGGCCGGCCGGCGGAGGCGGGCCAGCACGGCUUCUGGGAAGAAUAUUUCAACAUCUACAAACUGCUGGACGAACUUAAGCUCGAGGAGGACCCAUUGACGGGGUAUGCCGAGCAGGGCCAGUACUCGCCCCAGGGCCUGGUCGCGAACAGUGCAAUCACCACACCUUCACGCCAUCGAGCAGACCCGUCGAUGGCGUGUGGCUGACGCGGUCGAUCAUUCACGCAGGAGGCCAUCUGGCCCGUCUACCGGGACAAGCAGAACUUGCCGACAGGCCUAGCGCAAGCACGGUACACGCGCUUCCUCAAGCUCUCUCCUUUGGAUUUGGCGACGGCGGCGCCGCUCGUCGCCGCCUUCUCGGAGUUUCUGUCGGACGAUGGCGCGUGGAGGCGCUACGACGAGCUCUCGUUUAGAGACCUGUGCACGAAGCUGGGCGUGUCGCGGAAGCUGUACCGGGAAGCGUUCGAGCCCAUGAUUUUGACGGGCUUGUUCGCGCCAGGCGAGCAGUGCUCGGCGGCCGCGGCGUUAGGUAUGGCCUACUUCUUCGUGCUCAAGUCGCAGACGGCAUUCGACGUGCGGUGGUGUAGAGGUAACAUCGGGGAUUUGAUCUUCGCUCCCUGGUGUGAUCAGUUAAGGGAGCGCGGCGUCACGCUGCAAUUUGACACGAGGAUUGAAGGUGUAGAGCUUGACGGCGACACGGUGACUGCCGUCAAAGCAGCGGGUGAGACCAUCCCCUGCGACGACAUCGUCUUCGCGGUGGGGAUGCGUGCUCUCAAAGGCCUGGCCAAGUCCCCGGCGCUCGCGUCGCGCGACGAGUUUCGCAGAUUCGGCAACUUGAGGGGCACGGACGUCCUUGCGACCCGUCUUUUCUUCGACCGCGACGUCGAGACGCCGUACAGCGCCAACGCCUGCUGGGGCUUCGACGACAAGGUGGGACAGACGUGGUUUGAUCUGAAGAAGCUCCACGCGCCGCGGCUGGAUGACGAGCCCGGAGCGGUGGUGGAAGUUGACUAUUAUCACGCCGGUUCUCUCCUCGGCCUCUCGGACGCGGAACUCGAGGCCAAAGCAAGGCGGGACCUCGAGACGAUGGUGCCCGCGUUUAAGAGCGCGGAACUCGUCGACGCGGCCGUUGUUCGCCUACCGGAGGCGGUCAAUUGGUACUUCCCCGGCAGUUACCAAUCCUGCCCUACGACUGAAUCCGAGUCGCUCCGGAACGCGUACUUCGCGGGCGACGUGGUCAGGGACCUGGGCCACGGGUCGUGGUCGCAGGAGAAGGCCUACGUCUCCGGCGUCGCGGCGGCGAACCGCGUCCUGGGCCGUUCGGCGCUCGACGGUGUCGAGUCGUUGCGGCCGGAUGAACCGCACGUCGCGGCCGGCGCGGCGGCGGCGAAAGCGCUUCGGCGGGUCUUCUCGUUCGGGGGUGACGGUCCGAGUCUUGCGUCCGUGCCGUGGUGAGUAAAUGUGAGAUG